AUGGAGAGCCACAUCAAGUCCGUGCUUAACUUCGAGCAUGAUGGAAACGCGGAGCAUAUCAGCAGCCCGAGAUCGCUCGAGGCCUGCCUUAGGUCGGGUUGCGACCCCCAGGACCUGAUGCCAAGGAGCUCCAAGACCUUCGCCGUGAAAGGGGAGCUGCCAGAGCUGACGGAAAUCCGACACAACUUCUUCGAGGCUCGUCGAAAAGAAAAAAUCGCCAUGGUGAAGAAGGAGCGACAGUCCAUCAUCAACUUUCUAUCGUCGAAGGAACAAUCUGGUCUGCCCGCCCUCGGCAAGAGUGGGAGUGGUCUAUUGGCUGGGGCCACGGCUGCAAGCGCAACAGAUGUGGAGUUGGAAGCGAGGAGAAUCAAAGCCGGCAUCCUCGAAAUCGAGCGAAAGAGGGGGCUAGUGAUCGCCGAGCGCCAGGAGAAAGAAAUGCAGAGGGUCGUGGAGAACGAGCAGAGAAUGGCCGACCUGCACAAGAAGAUACUCAGAGUGGAAGAGGCGGACGCAAAGCGGAGGGCGGAGCACGACCAGAGGGUGGCGCAGCAGCGGGCGGCGGCGGCGGAAAAGAGGGCCAAGAAGGAGAUGGAGAAGCACGAGAGGGAGAAAAUGGAAGACGAACAAAGGAAGGAGAUGAUCAAACGUGCGGCAGAGGCGGAAGCCCGACAACUGAAGAUCGAAAAGGAGCUGGAGGAGCAACGGAUCGCCGAGGCCGCCAAGCGUGAGGAGGAGCGGCGCGCCUUGAAGGAACAACAGGAUCAGGCGACGGCCGCGCUGAUCCGGGCCCAGGAGGAGAAGGCCGAGGAGAAGAAUAGGAUCAUGGCCGAGCGGGAGGCACGGGUGCAAGCCCAGCUAGACGAGAAAAAGGCGGCAAAGGCGGCCGAGGUGGCGGCUCAGAGGGCGUCUGCCGAGCAACGCAUUCAGGAAGUCAUGGAGAAGAACAGGAAGAUUCAGCAGGAUAAGAAGAUCGCCUACGACCUUAAGGUUGCCGAGGUGGCUCGCCGCAAGGCGGAGAGGACGGAGGGGGACGAAGCCCAGGCGAAGAAGAGGGCUGAAGACCAGGCGAAGCAAGACAACAUCCGGGCCAAGAGGUUGGAAGCGAGCUACCAAGAUCGCGCCGACCACCGGAAGGACAUCCUAGCGCGCCGCCGCCAGAAAGACAAAUUCUACGGCCAGAUCCGGAACGAGAGAUGCAAGGACCUAGCGAUGAAGAAGCUGUACCACGACCUGGUGAUGGAGGACAAGCGACAAAACAUCGAAAGGUUGCGUAGGGUAGACGAGUUCGUACGCCUCCAGACGCUAUUGAGGAUAGAGCAGGAGACAGAGCGGACAGAAAAAAUAAAGGCCGAGCGGGAGUUCCUCGUGGAGCAGCGCAUCGCGGUAGCCAACAAGGCGAUCAGGAAAAAGCACAAGAUCAAGGAGGCCAUGGAAAAGAUGAGGGCAACCAACAACUUCCACGGCAUCGACGCUCUACUAGACGGGCUGGACAAGCGCCGGCGCAAGUCGAAGGGGACUGCAGAUACAGAGCCCGCCGCCGGUACUGCGGCGGCCGGGGCGACGGCCUCUAGCUAA